GUUUGCACGUUUCUGAUCAAUUCAUGCGUAUUCUAUGUAGAUAUAUUUGUAAGUAGAUGUUUGCUUCGGAAAUGUGCGGAUUUAUUUAUGUAAAAUUUUUUUUAAACCUGAACGGAAUGAAAAAUCUGAGGGGUGAGAAGAGGGAAAUAAGAUGGCCGCGGCGCGCGACCAAUCUUGGUUAGUCAGUUUAGCGGCUAAAUGUCUGUCUCAUGACUCUCAUGUAAUUCUCAAACAGUUUCGUGUAUCAGAUAAAGUAAACAGAAACUCUAUGUAUAUUGUUAUCGUCGCAAAACAGAAAGAUCUUACGCAUAUGUGAUGUUUGUGUUUCCAUCAAAUGCAAUGUGUCAAACGUGACGUGCGUUGACCGCGCACGUCCGACACAUUAAAUCACAGUAAGUUAGGUGAACACACGUGUAUUUCAGUUUUACAGAAGAAAUUUGUGAGAAACACACAUAGCAGUAAAUACGAUUCGACACGAUGUUAGCAUUAUCGAUAUUUACAAUAAUUUUAAUGAACUUUUAUGUCGUGUAUUGUCAAAAUAUCGACAUUGACAGAAACGGUUACAUCGCUUAUUGUCCUUGCAUGGGACGCUUUGGCAAUCAAGCAGAUCAUUUUUUAGGAGCUUUGGGAUUCGCCAAGGCUCUGAAUCGCACUCUGCUGUUGCCGGCGUGGGUCGAAUUUCGUACAGGAGAGCCAAGAUCUAUACAAGUAUCAUUUGAUACCUAUUUCAAUGUCUCGCAAGUACAAAACUGUCACAAAGCGAUGCUGAUGGAAGACUUUAUGAGAGAUAUCGCGCCAAAGAUAUGGCCACCUGAGGAAAGAGUAUCCUUCUGUUACUCGCCUCGCGACGGGAGCAAGAAGGAACAAUCGUGCAACGCGAAACAUGGAAAUCCAUUUGGUCCUUUUUGGGACACGUACAAUGUAGAUUUUGUUAAAUCGGAAUUUUACGGUCCUCUUCAUUACGACGUGUAUCACACCGAUAUGAAGAUACAGUGGCGGCAACGUUAUCCAGCCGCGACUUGGCCGAUGCUGGCUUUCACGGGUGCGCCGGCUAGUUUUCCGGUGCAAUUUGAAAACAAACAUCUGCAGAAGUGCCUUAUUUGGAACAACAACGUGGCGGAUAAAGCCAGAACGUUUAUAAAGGAGAAAUUACCGAAGGGCGCGUUUGUUGGUAUACAUCUGCGAAAUGGAAUCGAUUGGGUACGCGCUUGUGAACAUGUGUCGUUCACAUCAAAUCUCUUCGCCGCACCUCAGUGUCUUGGUUACCGUAACGAACGUGGCAAAGCGACCUCGUCUAUGUGCUUGCCAUCGUUUGAAUUAAUAGUACGUCAUCUGAAACGUGUUAUCCGCAACGGCAAUGACAUCAAAUCCGUAUUUGUUGCAUCUGACAAUAAUCACAUGCUAGACAAACUUCAAGAAGCUCUGGCACGCAUGAAGAUACCUGUGUUCCGUCAAGACCCACCGGCAUCGCCUCAUUUAGAUCUAGCGAUUCUCGGAAGGGCGAAUUACUUCAUAGGAAAUUGCAUCUCUUCUUUCUCCGCUUUCGUGGCCAGAGAAAGAGAGGUAAAGGGAUAUCCGACGUUCUUCUGGGGAUUCCCUAAUGAAAAAUCCUCCAUAACUCACACGGAAUUAUAAUAAUUCUAUUCUCAUCUUUGUAAUCAAACGCACAUCAAGAUUCACGCGAGUAAGCAAUAACGUACACACAUUAUUUAUACCAUUUUAUACGCAAUUGUAAUAUACAUACAAACGAAGUUUCGAUGCAA